CCGGCUGCUGUUGCCCGUACCCUGCUGCCCACCUCUUCACAACUCUUCGUCAACAUGAGCAACGUCGCCGAGCCCGCGCCAGAGGACAGGAAGCUGUCGGCUGCCGCUGUCCAGGUCAGGACGCGGUUCCCUGUCGCGCGCAUCAAAAAAAUCAUGCAGGCAGACGACGACAUCGGCAAAGUAGCCCAGGCCACUCCUCUCGUCGUCGCAAAAGCUCUCGAACUCUUCAUGAUCUCUCUCGUCCAAGAGUCCUGCGACCAGGCUCGUCUGCGCAACGCCAAACGCGUCUCGCCCGCCCACCUCAAGCAGGCCGUACUCAACACCGAGCAGUUCGACUUCCUCGCAGACACCGUCUCAAAGUACCCGGAUCCCGUCGCUGUUCCUGGCGAGAAAGAGCCCGGCCCGGGUCGCGGUCGGCGGCGGAAGACUGCCGAGUAGUGCUUCUGGUUGCAUUUUUGGGACGGCGUUUGACUUGUUAUGACUUGUUUCCUUGUUUACUCGUUUAUUGGUGGUCGUGUUCGAUACUGUGAGCGUCUAUGCUUAUAUCUUUGCUGCUCUAUGACUAGUCGGUCUGGAACCGGCAACAACGUGCAAUUGCAGCAAUUCUGUAUGAUAGAAGACGAAUAAUGUACGAUAUCCUAUUGUGCUCUCCACGUAGCCCCUCAAACAAGGUUUAUAGGCCCUAACCCACUAUCAUUUCCCCGGCGCAGAACUGAGCACGGCAGCGGAUUUCUGAGUCCGC